CGCCCGCGGUCCCGCGCCUGCGCCCUGGCUGCCAGGACGCGGCGAUGGCGGCUGCGGCGGUGGCGGCCCCAGAGGUCCUUCGGGAAUGUGGUUGCAAGGGUAUCCGGACCUGUCUAAUCUGCGAGCGGCAGCGCGGAGGUGACCAGCCCUGGCAGCACCAGAAAACACACCGGUUCAUUUACUACGCCGACACCGGCUGGGCUGUGGGGGCCGAGGAGUCCGACUUUGAAGGCUGGGCCUUCCCCUUCCCAGGCGUGACACUGAUCGAGGACUUUGUGACCCCGGCGGAAGAAGCUGAGAUGGUACGGCUGAUGGACCACGACCCCUGGAAGCUCUCACAGUCCGGGCGGAGGAAGCAGGACUACGGCCCCAAAGUCAACUUUCGGAAACAGAAGCUAAAGACCGCCGGCUUCCGGGGCCUCCCCAGCUUCAGCCGGGAGGUGGUGCGGAGAAUGGGCCUCUACCCCGUCCUGGAGGACUUCCGGCCUGUGGAGCAGUGUAACCUGGACUACUGCCCGGAGCGGGGCUCGGCCAUCGACCCCCAUCUGGACGACACCUGGCUGUGGGGGGAGCGGCUGGUGAGCCUCAACCUGCUGUCCCCCACUGUGCUGUCCAUGUCCCGGGAGGCGCCCGGCAGCCUGCUGCUCUGCCUGGCCCCGUCCGGCUUCCCGCAGGCCCCGGUGGAAGGCGCGACGGCCCCCGGCAGGUCUGUCCCGUGCCGGGAGGUGGAGGUGGCUGUCCCCUUGCCCCGCCGCGCUCUGCUGGUGCUCACGCGAGCCGCGCGGCACCAGUGGAAGCAUGCCAUCCACCGCAGGCACAUCGGGGCCCGCCGCGUGAGCGCCACCUUCAGGGAGCUGUCAGCCGAGUUUGGCCCCAGCGGGAGGCAGCGGGAACUAGGGCAGGAGCUCCUGCAAACCUCGCUCUCCUUUCAGGGGAGACCCACGUGAGCUGCCUCCCCGGGGACGGGAGCUGGCGCCAGAGUGGACCAUUAGCCGGCAUUGAAGGGGGCGCCCAGCCCGAGGGUCUUUCUCAGGUCUUAAGAGGAGACUGCUUGACACCCUGGUGCCCGGCAGCGCGAGCCCUGUCCGCGAGCUGGCUCGAUGGGGACGGGCCUCAAGUCGGUCCCCUUUGACCUGCGCCGCGGCCACUUGCUUGGGUUGUUUAGUUUGUCACAGCUUGAGGGCAGUGGCAUACUUUGAGCUUAAAACUCGUUGGUACCACUUCAGGUCAUUUUCUCCUUUAUCUGUCUCUCUUAACAAGGUUGCCCGAUGUCCCAGCCUGCAGGCCCUUCAUUUAUUUAUUUAUUAUUUUUUAUUUUAUUUACUUUUGGCCAUGCCACGCAGCUUGCAGGAUCUUAGUUCCCUGACCAGGGACUGAACCCAGGCCCACGGCAGUGAAAGCGCAGAGUCCUAACCACUGGACUGCCAGGGAACUCCCAGGCCCUUCAUUUAGGGACCGUGUUGGAUUGGAGAACAGGAUGGGUAGAAGAUGUGAGGUUAUUACUGUUACUACUGACUUCAGAGCUGCUGACAGCUUCAGAGUUGCACUCUGCCCGGGUCAUGCUUGACCCCAUGGGGUGCAGGAUACGGAACCCUGGUGACCAGCGGUUGGCAGGGAGGGGCUCCCAAGCAUCACCUCUCUCCACAGUGCUCCACCAAGAGCAGAGAGCAGUUCAUAACUUAAGUACUUAUUUAUUCAGUUCAGUCCAGGGCAACUGUUUUAAAAAUCCAUACACAGGACAGGGGGUGUGCACACCGCAUGUGGUCUCCACAGCGUCAUGCAUAAUGAAUCAAUCAGCACAAGACAGGUGAGCAGUGCAGAUGAGCCUCGAUCUGCCCAGGCUUAGGCAGUUUUAUCCUCAACAGACCUUCCUGGAAGAGACACUGAAAUACAUUCUGCCCUGGCAGUCUGUCUAAAAUAGAAACGCUGGAGUUUUGAAACUCCUGGUCAGGUACUAAACGGAAACCGUGUUCCACUUUGGAAGGGGCCUCAGCGUAUCUGCGGGCACUUGUUUUAAUGAGCACCAGGAAGGCUCUGCUCAGAGGAAAACAGGGCGAGCCCACGCUGGCUCCGGGGCGGCCUGUGGCGCCUCUCAACACAGAAAGGCCACUGCACUUGGAACCCCCUUCACAGUCAGGUUAGGCCUCCAGAAACCAAAUUUCUAGGCUGCAAUUUGCUUCCCUCCCCUCCGCAGACUGCCCUGCUGCAGCUCCAAAUAGCAGCUUAUUCUCCAGUCCUGAGGGCGCCCCCCCGAUCAUCAGUCCCCAGGCCCACAGUCAUCUCUGUUCUCACAAAUUCAGUUUGCCUCAUGCCUCUGGGAACUAGAAAGGCUGGAGCUGGGAGAGCUCGCUGGAAGAAAGAACAAGAAAUUACAAGAACAUUAUUCUCCUCAUCAGUGUCGAAAACAUGAUUAUGUGGCAUCUUUCCUACCCACGUGGCACUGUCACUGGCACCUAGUGUCUGACCCUGAUGUGGCCAGGCUAGAAAAACUGCCCAUGGGCCAGGUGUAACAGCUGGCCACUGGCUGACGCCCAGAGUGUGCUCGCCGCAGUCUGGGGAGCUCGGCACUCUGUGGGCCUGGCACACAGGGCAGGGGCACCAGAUGGCCCAGGAAGGUGACCGAAGUGAGCCCAACAAGGCCCCUCUCAAAAGCCUGAGGCCAGAGGAAGGGGCUGCCGUCCCCUCCCAGCAGUGGGGAGGAGCCAGCCUUUCCAGUCCCUGCCAGGACACAAAGUGGCCGUCUUGCAGUGCCGCUGACAUUCUUUUGCAAAGCAAACGCAUUACACCAGACGAGCCUUUUCAGCAAGGCUCUGGGAGAGGAGACAUGCGCUAGGGAGCAAGCAAGUCACGACAGAUGUCUGCAGAGGAUGCGAGGGACACGCCCUUUGGAAGGCGCUAGGGCUCUCCUCCGGCCCAGCAAGACACGAUGUCCAGGCUCCCCGUAAAUGCCAUGACUUGCACUGGUGAUUCUCAGCAUUCAGUUACGUGUUAAGGUUCAGGUUCUCAACAGGAUGUCACAGUCCCAGAAACCUCAGCCAGGCUUGCCCGCACUUCUUGGUACAGGCAACCCAGACCCCACAGAGAUGUCAGGCUGUGGACAGAAAUGCCGUCAGAGCAUGAAGUCCAGUGACUGUGAAACAAAAAGAAAAGGCACCACUCUCUGGUGGCUGCUGGCCAGUGUGGUAAAUGUGGUUCUUAAAAGCGGCCCAGGGCGCAGCAGGCUCACACGUAAGCUGAGCUGUAGCAUGUGUGUGUUCGGUCCAAGAACAUGGGCUCAGGUCUACCAGACGCCCUUCUGAAAAACACCAGAACCUGUGCUGUGCAUGGCUGCAAAGAAGUGUGAGCUGGGCCUGUGCUUGCGGCCAGGAGGCCCAGGAGGGGAGCGCUCCACAGGGUCUCACCUUCCCUGCCGUCAUUAUAAGCAGGACCCACGUUUGGCCAGGGCUGGCCGCUGAUGCUACCACCCACAGACCAGGCCCGGCCACGGCCUUGUCUAGACAGGAAGUCCCCUGGCUGCCCCCUCCCGCUGCCGGGGGCCACAGGCAGCAGGGAGGUGGGCGGGCCCGGGUGCCUGGGCGAGAGUGCCCCUGCCUUCUGCAGCCACAGCCCGGAGGGUCAGCUGGCGGCUCAGGGGACAGUCUGUGGCCGAGAGACGGAGGCCUCUGGACUUUGGGCCCUUUCCCCAGCCUGGGGGCCUCGCUGGGUCAAUGUGGCCAAGGAUCCAGCUGGCAGGGAAGAAAGAAUCUGAGCCCAGUGUGCCUCAGAGCACCCCUCAGUUAACAGCCACCUCCAGUGGGCGCCCACAGACUGGCCUCCGCCCUUGGACGGCUCCCCCAGGGCCUGGCAAGUCUGACGCCUGCUGGGCCACGUGCCCUGGGCUCCUGCCUUCCUUCCCCAGCCCCACGAGCCAGGCCGCCCAGCUCCCUCCAGGGCAGGGAGGGAAGCACCAGACCAAGCUGUAAGCCUGUGCCCCGUCUAAUCGUAGCAGGGUGGUGCCAUCAGACGUGCCACCCGGCUGCCACCAGCCCAGCUCAGGAGUCACGGGGCAAUCCCUUCCCUGAACCCAUGGUGCUACCCCGACUCUCCAGGUCCCUGCCAGGCUCCCGGCCCCCGCCGGCCGCUCGCUCCAGGUCUCCAAGGUGACCCGUGACCACCCGGUGCUACUCGGAGCCCGGCCUCCAGCCUCAGGAAGUGCCCAGGGCCAAGGACUCGUCCUUUCUUUCCCCUGAGCUCUUAGCAUCAGUCUCCCAUUUAACUGAAGAUUUCCAUCUUCUGAAGGAAAACGAUCCAGGUCUUACAGCAUGAAGACAGGAGUAGAACUUUGGUCUUGAACCACCUGGCAGUGUCUCGGCAGCCCCGUUGGCAAUUUGCAUUUCUGAAAUUCCCCAUACUGCAAGCGAUUUCUGUUCCCUCCCAGCGAGGCGUGGACGCUGAGCUGACGCGGCCGCGGACACACAGCAUCGGCCCCGCCCAGGAGCGCACACGCUCACACCACCUGCAGGCUGCGCUCGUGCCCAUCCAGCUGCACUUUGAGCUUGUGCAGCUCCUCGAUCUCGCGAUUGUGCCGCUCGGUUUUGUGGCGCACCAGCGAGCGGUAGAAGUGGAUGGUGAAGACCACGAAGAUGAGGCCCACGGGCACCAUGAUGAUGGUGGACACCAGGGCGGCCUGCCAGCCCGUGUGGCCCCCGGGGCCAGGUGGAGGGCCGGGCUGGUGGCGCGCGUCCACGGGCAGGAACUUGAUCCAGCAGAGCAGUACCACCUCGGCCAGGAAGAGCAGGAUGCCCAGCACGGUGGAGAAGCCCCAGGCCAGCUCGAUGUAGGGGUGCAUGCGCUCGUGCGGAGACUCGCUGAUGGAGUUGAGGUUGUGGAUGUUGCUCACGGCCUCCACGUUGGGCAGGAUGCACGUGCUGAUGAGCAGCGCGAACAGGUGCACGGCCACCAGCACCGUGGUGCACGCGCUGAAGGCGAUGAGCAGCGGCCGCGGGUACUGGUACUGAGUCUCCAGCUGCACCUCCACCAUGGCCACCUGCAAGGCAGAGGGGGCACUGGGUCGGGGCGCCCACAGAGAAGAGGGCGCCCUCCUCGCUGAUCAAAUAUUUUGAACUUUACUUUUUUUUUUUUUUU